AUGGCGCGCAAUCGCGUGCUGGCGCUGUCGCGCAAGCAUGUGCGCGUGCUCGCGCUGACGGCGGCAGGGACGGGGGCCUGCGUGGCGACCCUCGCGAACAGCGCCCCUUCGCAGGCCGAUCUGACGCAGUCGCAGGGAGAGGGAAAAUGGGUAGCCAUCAAAUCAGCAAGGCAAGUGCUGCAAACUGUCUCUGCGACAUUUUUGCCAAACGAUAAGGCAGAAGUUGAUGACACUGAGGGAGGUGGGUCAAUCUUCAAGCCACAGCGUUUGGAAAUUGGUAACAAACGGCCUGAAGACCCCAUUCAACACCCUUUGCUCUGCGAUUGA